UGCUUUACGAAAAUGGCCUCCUUCUUGAGCAUUAUGACAUUGACAAACUUGCUCGUCAUUUCCCUUGCCCUCAACCUCAGUUUGGUUCUGAGGAUAUAUGUCAAUACGGAGAACCAGGAGCAGAUGAGUCCAUCGGUGAUCUCUAACGACGAGGAUCCUGCACCCCAGAGAACUCUGCUCUCUGUUUCGUCUUCAUCUGGUGAAGAUGACAUAGAUAGAGUCAUCAAUCUCAACCAAGGUGACCCGACCAUGUACGAAAAGUACUGGAUGAUGAUGGGCAAGAGAACCACGGUUGUGAUUCCUGGGUGGCAGUCCAUGAGCUAUUUCUCGGACGUCAAAAACCUCUGCUGGUUUUUGGAGCCCGAGUUAGCCAAGCAGGUCAUCAGGUUACACAAAGCCGUCGGCAAUGCGGUCACUGAAGGUCGUCACAUUGUGGUUGGGACAGGUUCAUCGCAGCUCAUUAUGGCUGCGCUUUUCGCUCUUUCUCCGAAAGAUGGAUCUGAGCCCAUGAGUGUUGUAUCUACAGCCCCAUACUACUCGUCUUAUCCGGCGAUGAGUUCCUACCUCAAGUCCGGCUUGUACAAAUGGGCAGGAGACGCAAAAAGCCUCAACAAGGAAGGCCCUUACAUUGAGUUAAUCACCUCUCCGAAUAACCCUGACGGAUUUAUCAGGUCCUCCACGGUGAACCGAACUGGGGGUAUGUUGGUGCAUGAUUUGGCCUACUACUGGCCUCAGUAUACACCCAUUACCUCACCGGUUGAUCACGAUAUGUCUUUGUUCACCGUCACCAAAGCCACCGGCCAUGCUGGGACGCGCGUUGGGUGGGCUCUAGUGAAAGACGAAGAAGUUGCCAAGAAAAUGGUGAACUUCAUAGAGCUCAACACCAUCGGCGUUUCGAGGGAUUCACAGCUCCGAGCUGCCAAGAUCUUGGAAGUGAUAACUAGCACCACUGAAAAAGUUGGCAGCUCGGAUUCAGGGGCAUCCUUCUUUGAAGUUAGCUACCACCUCUUGGCUGAGAGGUGGCGGCAGCUUCGAGCGGCGGUGAGCAAUGACAGCAUGUUCAGUCUGCCUGAGUUUGCCCCGGGGUACUGCAAUUCCCUUCAACAGGAGACCCAGCCUCAACCUGCUUUCGCGUGGCUUAAAUGUGAGGACGAUGCUGUGGAGGACUGUGAAAGCUUCUUCAGAGGGCACAAUGUUUUGACUCGCGGAGGAAGUAAAUUUGGGUUUAGCCCGAAGUAUGUCCGGGUUAGCAUGGUAGAGAGGGACAUAAACUUCAGGUUGUUCCUGAAGAGAUUAUCAGAAAUCCAGUCUUAA